AUGGACCUGACUGGAUUGGGGACUCUCAUUUUGGCUCUAGUCAUCUCCUGCCUCCUCAUCUACUCAACAUGGGACAAACUUUACAGGAAACGCAAUUUGCCACCAGGGCCAACCCCAUUACCUGUGAUUGGAAAUUUGCUGCAAAUCAAGAGGGGGGAAAUGGUGAAAUCUCUUAUGGAGAUGGGGUCUCGGUAUGGACCUGUAUUCACAUUUUACUUUGGGCAACGUCCUGUGGUUGUCCUUAGUGGCUAUCGCGCAGUGAAGGAAGCUCUCGUUGACCAAGCAGAGGACUUCAGUGGCAGAGGAAGAAUGCCUUCAGUGGACAAACUCUUUGAUGGACAUGGAGUUGUAUUCAGUAAUGGGGAACGUUGGAAACAGCUCCGUCGCUUCUCGCUUUCUACUCUGAGGAAUUUUGGCAUGGGGAAGAGAAGCAUUGAGGAAAGGAUCCAGGAGGAAGCACAGUGCUUGGUGGAAGCAAUAAGAAAAUAUAAACAAAUGCUCAUAGAUCCCAGGAAUAUCCUGGCUCAGGCUGUCUCCAAUGUUAUCUGCUCUGUCGUAUUUGGGAGCCGGUUUGAAUAUGAAGACCUGAAAUUUCUGAAGCUCCUCAAUAUGUUGAAUGAGACUUUAGUGCUGAUGAGCUCAAUCUGGGGUCAGCUACUGGAAAUGAUUCCUAAUAUAAUGGAGUAUGUGCCCGGACCGCAUAAGAAAAUUGAUGUAAUCAUUGAGAGAUUGCUGGAAUUUGUAGCUGAAAGAGUCAAGAUGAAUGAGGCUUCGAUAGACCCAACUUCUCCCAGAGAUUAUAUUGAUUGUUUCAUCUCCAAAAUGCAGCAGGACAAUGAAAACCCCAUAUCCGAAUUUAACAUAAGAAACCUAUUGCUGACCGUCUUGAAUUUGUUUUUUGCUGGGACAGAAACAGUUAGCACCACGUUACGGCAUGGAUUCCUUAUUCUUAUGAAAUAUCCUGAGAUACAAGAAAAAUUGCAUAAGGAGAUAGACUCAGUGAUUGGCCACAACCGAAGCCCAAAUAUUGAAGAUCGGAGCAAGAUGCCUUAUAUGGACGCUGUCAUCCAUGAGAUACAGAGGUUCAGUGAUGUUAUUCCAAUGAACGUCCCUCAUACUGUCAUUAAAGACACCACAUUCAGAGGAUUCACCAUUCCAAAGGGCACAUCUGUUUUCCCUAUGCUGUGCACUGUUCUACGAGACCCCAGUCAGUUUGCCACCCCUGAAAAAUUCAAUCCUGGGCAUUUUCUGGACAAGUCUGGAAGCUUCAAGAAAAGUGAUGCAUUCAUGCCAUUCUCCACAGGAAAAAGGGUUUGCCUUGGAGAAGGUCUUGCUCGCAUGGAACUGUUUCUUUUCCUUACAACCAUUCUCCAGAACUUCACAUUAAAAUCAGAUACGCAGUUCACAGAAUGUGACAUUGCCCCCCGAAUGACUGGAUUUGCAAAUGUCCCCAUAGGUUACCAGAUGUCAUUUAUUCCUCGUGUGGCAUAGGUUAAACGGAAACCAUCAUCAAGAUCAUUCAA